AUGAUAAAGGUAAUGAGAGAACUAUUUGUUAUGCUCAAAUAUGUCACUGCCCACCUCAGCAGUUCUAACAACUUCCUAAAACAUCUCCGCAGUACCUCGUUUGAGCAUGAAUGUGUAGUAGAGACCUUUGACGUUACGUCACUCUAUACGAACGUUUCAAACGAUGUAGCGAUGCAGGCUGCUCACGAACUGCUCACGCAGCGCCAGGCUUCAUCGAACAUGUAUGGAUUAAGCAUUAGGCAGAUCAUGACUUUGAUAAACGAAUGCCUGAAUCGCUCUAUUUUCCGAUGGUCGGGACAGUACUACCGACAACUUAGAGGCCUAGCUAUGGGACAAAGGCUCACAUACACUCUCGCCAUUGUUUUCAUGGCCAAGAUCGAAAAGCCUAUAAUAGACCGCAAACCACUGCUGUAUUAUCGUUACAUAGAUGAUUGUUGCGUCGUCUGCUCAACACAAGCAGAACUAGACACGUGCUUCAAUCUUCUCAAUCAGCAGUGUCCGCACAUUAAGUUCACAAGGGAGAGACCGGCAGACAACUGGUUAGCUUUCUUGAAUGUGCACAUUUACUUGCGGAAUGGGAUAUCGCAUUCCAGCAAAAUGAAAAAAUCUGUUAUAGGUAACAUGUACAGAACGGCGGCAAGGGUCUCAUCGAGUAGCAAGGAAAAAACAUGGUCUGUAAAUCUGGCCCAUAAAGUAGCAAUAUCCAAUGGGUAUUUGGCUGGAGAUGGUGCUACCCGACAAGCACGACAUCCUUCUCGAAGAUCCAACAUAGUGGAUGACCCAGAAUAG